AUGCCGGGAGCAUCAGGCUCUCCCAGCGCUGAGCAUGCCGCAACGGCUCCGGAUCAGUAUGGAGGCUCGGCCCGGCAGAAACUCUUCGGCCGCGCCUUCUACGAGAGCAUAGGAAGCCCGAAGCUGAUCCUCGCCCCAAUGGUCGAGCAGUCUGAGUUUGCAUGGCGUAUGCUCACCCGCUCCUUCAUGUCUCCGUCGACCUCCAAAAACCUCCUAGCCUACACUCCGAUGUUCCACUCGCGCAUGUUCACUGACACGCCCAAGUAUCGUGAAUCGCACUUUCAGCCCCUGAAGACCACCCUCCCCUCCCCGCCGGACACCUACCACGCCUCGCAGUACACUGACGCGGAUAUGUAUCUCGACGGUAACCCUGCAAUCGACCGGCCACUGUUCGUGCAGUUCUGCUCGAACUCGCCAGAAGAUCUUCUCCAAGCCGCCCACCACGUAGCCCCCUUCUGCGACGCCGUUGACCUGAACCUCGGUUGUCCACAGGGUAUAGCACGGCGCGGCCACUACGGCGCCUUUCUGCAGGAAGACUGGGACUUGGUCUACAAACUCAUCGACCGGCUGCACACCGAGCUCGCCGUCCCUGUGACCGCAAAGAUGCGCAUACUGGAGACGCGCGAGAAGACGCUCGAGUAUGCGAAGACAAUCCUCUCUGCCGGCGCCAGCAUCAUCACUGUGCACGGCCGGCAGCGCGACCAGAAGGGGCAUGCCACGGGCUUAGCUGAUUGGAGCGUCAUCAAGUACCUCCGCGACAAUCUGCCGCCGGAUACUGUGGUUUUCGCGAACGGAAACAUUCUCACGUACGGCGAUAUCGAGCAGUGCCUCCAGGCGACGGGCGCAGACGGCGUGAUGAGUGCGGAAGGGAAUCUGUAUGAUCCAUCUAUCUUCGCGGAGCCACCGCCAGUGGGAAGCGAAGGGAGGGAGUAUUGGCGUGGAAGAGACGGGAAAGGAGGAUACCGGAUGGACGCCGUAAUGCGCAGAUACAUGGACAUCAUCCACCGCUACAUCUUGGGACAAGCCCCGCCCGCGCGUCCGCCGCUCUUCUUACCCUCCGACGCCAUUUCCACUGAGCACGACAGCACCUCGGCGCCAGCAGCAACGAACGCACCGCCAUGUCAGCCGAAGAGCCACACACGACCCGAAGACUCAGACCAACUCGAAGGCCCACCCUCGAAGAAGCAGAAACAAAAGAACUCCAAACCCCAAGGCAAGCAAGAAAAAGUCACCUCUCCGAACCUCACAGCAAUGCAGCCCCACCUCUUCCACCUCCUGCGCCCCCUCGUCUCCAAGCACAUCCCCGUCCGCGACGCCCUUGCGCGGUGCCGCGCCGGCGACCUCCCCGCCUUCGAGCACGUGCUUUCGCUGGUCGAAGACGCCGUGAAGCAGGGCCUGCUUGCUUACGAGGCAGAUGCUGCGGCCUUCGAGACUGCGCCGCCGGAGGAGGCAGCGGCAGAUGAGAAGCUCGACGAGAGUUCUGUAAGGACGGUGGCGAGGGUUAAGCGCCCCUGGUGGGUCUGCCAGCCGUACGUGCGGCCGUUGCCGAAGGAGGCGUUGGCGAAGGGCGCGCUGAGUUUGACGAAGAAGCAGAAGAAGAGGAUGGAGGAUGAGCAGGCUAGGGAAGAGGCAGAAGCUAAAGCUGUUGGGCUGACGCCGGGUGGCAAAGUUGAGGCUGAGGUAGAGGCGAGGGGGCAAACGGUGGAGAUUCCGAAGGAAGGGCUAGUGUGUGGAUGA